CGCGGCCGCCAAAGCAGGCGCAGGGAAAGCGCCCGCGGCCCCAGCGGCAGCAGCGGCCGCCUCCUCUCGCCUCGCGGGCCCACAGCCCGCCGUCCCGGGCCGGCCCCUCUCGGGCUCCCGCUCCCCGCGCGCAAGAUGGCUGACCCGGCUGCGGGGCCGCCGCCGAGCGAGGGCGAGGAGAGCACCGUGCGCUUCGCCCGCAAAGGCGCCCUCCGGCAGAAGAACGUGCACGAGGUGAAGAACCACAAAUUCACCGCCCGCUUCUUCAAGCAGCCGACCUUCUGCAGCCACUGCACCGACUUCAUCUGGGGCUUCGGGAAGCAGGGGUUCCAGUGCCAAGUCUGCUGCUUUGUUGUGCACAAACGGUGCCAUGAAUUCGUCACCUUCUCCUGCCCAGGAGCUGACAAGGGUCCAGCCUCGGAUGACCCCCGGAGCAAACACAAGUUUAAAAUCCACACCUACUCCAGCCCCACGUUUUGUGACCACUGUGGGUCCCUGCUAUAUGGGCUCAUCCACCAGGGGAUGAAAUGUGACACCUGCAUGAUGAAUGUGCACAAGCGCUGUGUCAUGAACGUCCCCAGCCUCUGUGGCACGGACCACACGGAGCGCCGCGGACGCAUCUACAUCCAGGCCAACAUCGACAGGGACGUCCUCAUUGUCGUUGUAAGAGAUGCUAAAAACCUCGUACCUAUGGAUCCCAAUGGCUUGUCAGAUCCCUACGUAAAACUGAAACUGAUUCCUGAUCCUAAAAGUGAGAGCAAACAGAAGACCAAAACCAUCAAGUGCUCACUCAACCCUGAGUGGAAUGAGACAUUUAAAUUUCAGCUUAAAGAGUCGGACAAAGACAGAAGGCUGUCCGUAGAAAUUUGGGAUUGGGAUCUAACCAGCAGGAAUGACUUCAUGGGAUCGCUGUCAUUUGGGAUUUCUGAGCUACAGAAGGCUGGUGUUGAUGGCUGGUUUAAGUUAUUGAGCCAGGAGGAGGGUGAAUACUUCAAUGUGCCUGUGCCGCCGGAAGGAAGUGAGGGCAAUGAGGAACUGCGGCAGAAAUUUGAGAGGGCCAAGAUUGGUCAGGGGACCAAGGCUCCAGAAGAAAAGACCACCAACACCAUAUCCAAAUUUGACAACAAUGGCAACAGGGACCGGAUGAAACUGACUGAUUUUAACUUCCUGAUGGUGCUGGGGAAAGGCAGCUUUGGCAAGGUCAUGCUCUCAGAGCGAAAAGGCACAGACGAGCUGUACGCUGUGAAGAUCCUAAAGAAAGACGUGGUGAUCCAGGACGACGACGUGGAGUGCACGAUGGUGGAGAAGCGGGUUCUGGCCCUGCCCGGGAAGCCCCCAUUCCUGACCCAGCUCCACUCCUGCUUCCAGACCAUGGACCGCCUGUACUUUGUGAUGGAGUACGUCAACGGGGGUGACCUUAUGUACCACAUCCAACAAGUUGGCCGGUUUAAGGAGCCUCAUGCUGUAUUCUACGCCGCAGAAAUCGCCAUCGGUCUGUUUUUCUUACAGAGCAAGGGCAUCAUUUACCGUGACCUAAAACUUGACAAUGUGAUGCUGGAUUCUGAGGGGCACAUCAAGAUUGCUGAUUUUGGCAUGUGUAAGGAAAACAUCUGGGACGGGGUGACAACCAAGACGUUUUGUGGCACUCCAGACUACAUCGCCCCUGAGAUUAUCGCCUAUCAGCCCUAUGGGAAGUCUGUGGAUUGGUGGGCAUUUGGAGUUCUGCUGUAUGAAAUGUUGGCUGGGCAGGCACCAUUUGAAGGGGAGGAUGAGGAUGAACUCUUCCAGUCCAUCAUGGAACACAACGUGGCUUAUCCCAAAUCCAUGUCCAAGGAAGCUGUGGCCAUCUGCAAAGGGCUGAUGACCAAACACCCGGGCAAACGUCUGGGUUGUGGACCCGAAGGUGAACGUGACAUCAAAGAGCAUGCCUUUUUCCGAUACAUUGACUGGGAAAAACUUGAACGCAAAGAGAUCCAGCCUCCAUAUAAGCCAAAAGCUUGUGGGCGAAAUGCUGAAAACUUCGACCGGUUUUUCACCCGCCAUCCACCAGUCCUAACACCUCCUGACCAGGAAGUCAUCAGGAAUAUUGACCAAUCAGAAUUCGAAGGAUUUUCCUUUGUUAACUCUGAAUUUUUAAAACCUGAAGCCAAGAGCUAAGUAGAUGUGCAGAUCUCUGUCCUCCAUUUCUGUCAUUCAAACUCCAUAGCUACUGUGGUGACAUUCUUCCUCAUUGCAAAGUUGCAUUUCUGUUUUAUUUGCUGAUGAGACUAGAGUGACCAUGUUUCAGAACCCAAAUGUCCUCAGGUAGUUGAUAGCAUCUCUCCGAGGCUGGACUAUCCAGAUGGCUCGUAGAACAUGCUGUUGCAUAAUUAACACGUUAACAGAGUCCUCUUACAAUUUAUUUCUCCAACAUGCCCACUAAGGAGACCCAGUGGGGAGAGGAAAUGCCUGCUUUCUUUCCCUCUUGAUGGGCCCCACCAUUUUCACACGUUCUCCAACCCCAACCAUCCAAUCUAGAUUCUUGCAAAAAAAAAUGGGUGGCUAAUUGGAUGCUAGCAGGCUGCUUCGACUUCUAGACUUGGAAUUUUGCUUGCACACAAGUACAUGGUUGCAUUGGCCUUGAAGAUCCCUCUGUGCUGCGUGUUUUCGGACUUUGAAAACAACAUGCUAAAACGAAAUUUGUAUUUGUUACUUUUUUAACCCAAAGUUAAGAAGAUUAUCCAAGUCCUCUUAAAAUUCCAAGUCUGUACUUUUAGAUAGUUUCUAUCUAAAAGCACUGUGGAGGGCCAAAGGGCCACCAGCGUGGGUGCUACCUCAGCACUGUAAUUUCUGAUACUUUGUCACUGAUCACCUGCACUACUUGAAAAGGGCAUUUGGGCACCACUUCUUGAAAGUACAUGGUCACUCUAGAAAGGUCCCAAAGGGCCACGAUUUUACAUUACAUUUCAAAUUUUUUUGCUUUGAGGUUUUAUUUCUGUUGUUCAAAUG